UAUGCUGCGUGUGUAUAAAGCCGGACCGAGCUGUUUUACGCUUGUAAUAAAUGUGAUAGGGCGGAAUAGGCGAUUAAGUUUCGGAGGCUAAUAAUAGUACUACGUAUGUAUAUAGCCAUAAUAGGCUGUGUUAUGAUUGUAGUACAUACGAUAUAGUAUCGUAUACUGAAGUAUGCGUGUGUUUUCUCUAUAUGUUUCUUGAUAUGUGAUUAGCAAAGACGCGAAGUUAGUUCUAAAUCCCCUUCCUAAAUGUAAAUGUAUUCCAAGUUUAGUAAAGUUAACAAAACAGAUCUGUAUUGCAGAUUUCUAGCCAGAUAAAAUGUCUUCUCUACACCUGCCUUCGUACUGCCAUAGCCCCAGCAAAAAUAGAGGUCAAAUUCAAGUUAUCCUUGGGCCUAUGUUCUCUGGGAAAUCUACAGAACUUUUGAGAAGAAUCAGACGUUACCAAAUCACUGAGCGGAAAUGCCUGGUUAUAAAAUACGCCCAUGAUAAUAGAUACAGUGAUGACAGCAUGGCAACACAUGAUAAGCAAAUCACUAAAGCUGUAAAAGCUACACACCUAUUGGCUCUUAAGAAUCUGGAUUCUUUUUCAGUUAUCGGGGUAGAUGAGGGCCAGUUUUUCCCUGACAUUGUACAGUUUUGCGACUCAAUGUCUUCUAGUGGGAAAACAGUAAUAGUGGCGGCCCUGGACGGCACUUUUGAGAGAAAACCGUUUGGUGCUGUACUGGGGUUAAUACCGAUUGCUGAAACAGUUGUGAAAUUAAGCGCGGUGUGCAAUUCUUGCCACAGGGAAGCAGCGUUCACUAAAAGAUUGGGUCUUGAAACUGCGGUUGAGGUUAUUGGGGGUACAGAUAAAUAUAUGGCGGCGUGCCGUUCUUGUUUCUCACUGUCCCCAUGUAAACAGCUGAAAUUUCAAUCAAAAGAUGAAAAAGUCAACCGUGUUCGAAUACCAUUGGGAGUGCUGACCAAUGAGAAUAAGCCAUGUUGAUGUCAUAGGAGGGGAACAGAGAUGAACAAUAGUUUUUGUUUAACAUGCUGCAUUUUUAUAAAUGAAUUUUACAACGUUUUAUUAUAAGAUCCAACCUCAUGCCUUUUACUUCAAUAUUUUAACCAAAAUAAUAAUAAAAGAACUCAAUUAACUGGUUUUAAAUUUCCUUAUUCUAUGUUUACUUUUUGUAAUGGGUACGAAUCGUACGAUAUAUAUCAACAUUAAACACUGCCAAACAAUGCUGUUAAAUAUUGAGAAAUCCAAUUCCUUCGAACACUACUAUUGCAUUUUAGAAUGUCUGUUUAUUUUAAAGAAUAUUUUGUUCUUUGUUACUUUCCCCAUUUACCUCUUAUAUGUAAAAAGAAAAAAAUGUUAAAAUACCAUGAAGCAAAACACGAUUAAAAAAUAUAUAGGCACAACUUUUAAAAGUAAUAUAUUCUAUUAAUUACAAUCAUACAUCAAUGUAUUUAAUCUGCUUUUAUGUUAAAAACUUCUACUUCAAUAAACAUUUUCCUGUGUAGCCUAACAUCGUAUUGCUUAUAUACCCAAUGUUUAUUUUGAUGUUGUGCAUUCCCUAUGCCUACUAUUGUUGUAAAUAAACUGCUAUGUUUAGGUUAAAAUCGCAACUUACCUUAAUUAACGAGUAAUAAAUAUACGGAUUUAUGCAAAAAGAAA